AUGGCACCCAAGACGAAAGCAGCUAAGACUGCACCGGUUCCAAAGCAUCCGAUUCUGUGUAAAACAUCUUCGGGAACUUUGGACCACUUGGCACUCUCUGAAUCGUUGGGAUAUCACAUAUUUAGAAAAAAACAGAGGAGAUCUUGGACGCCGUCUGAAGACAGGCUAUUGAAAGCUAUGGUGAUUCAGGCAUUUUUGGACAAGCACAAUCUAGAGCGAUACAACAAGGAGGACAUCGAUAUUUCUGAGAUCGACUGGGUGCAAAUAAGCGCGGGAUUGGACGGUAGAAAGUCCAAGGAAUGCAGAAAGAGAUGGUCCUCAUCUCUGAACCCUCGUCUUCGGAAAGGUAAAUGGACUAAAGAAGAGGACGCACAACUUGUUAAGGCGUACAAGAAAUACGGAUCGUCGUGGCAGAAGGUGGCAACGCUGAUAAAGGGAAGAAACGAGGACCAGUGCUCAAAGCGAUUUACUGAGGUCCUCAACACGGAUCCAAAGGAAAGACUAAAGCCUUGGACAGAGGAAGAAGAUCUUAAAUUAAUACACGGAGUGAAGAAAUGCGGAACUAAGUGGAGGGCCAUUUCCAAAUCGCUCAAAGGUCGUCCAAGUCUCACGUGCAGAAACAGGUGGCGCCGUAUUAUUACGGAUGUGGCCAAAGGAAGUGCAAAUGAAGAUAUAAUGAAGGCCGUCGGAGUGUUGGAUAAGAACGGAAAUCGGCUUUACACGUUCGAGGCCAGCAAGAAGAGCAAGAAGAGCGAGAAAUUACAGGUUUCUACAUCCGUGAAGGCCGAGACUGGAGAUAGAUCUGCAAUUUCGGCUAAACAUUCACCACAGUUUCAGCAAGCAGCUUCAAAGAAAGGUAAUGCGACAGGCAUUGCUCAAUCAUACUCACCAAGCACAUCCUCAUCAUAUGCUUCAGUGAGCAGCCCGUCUUCAUCCACAAGCUCUGGUUCUGGUGCGUCGAUGAACAUCCUGGGGCAUAACACGUGUCCACCGACACGUUCAUACACACACUGGCGAUAUGCACUGCUUGACCCACGCACAAACGAGGAAUUAACGCAGUUUUCGGGCCAGAUCUCCACGGCAAGUGUUGCCCACAAGCUGAUCGAGCUUGCCAAGUAUAAUGGGGUUACACUAACGGUUCAUCAGCACAUUCAUCAUCAUUACAGUCCGGCAUCACCGGUGCCAGACCCACAAGCAUCCGUCAGCAGAUUUUCGCACUUCAACUACCUUCCACCGCUAACCGAGGUACCCAAACUUACAUCUUCAUCACCUGGUAGUGUCAAGGAGCCCUCAACCAGUCCACAGGAUCAGCAGGAAAAGGAACUUUCCGGAGACAAACGAUCUGUAUCCUCUCCAAAUGGAGUUGUUCCUGAUGCUCUUAUACAAUACCAGAUGGGAGCAGGGGGAAGCAACAGUCCUUCAUCCUUGAUACCCAUGUUUCCCAACAGAGACAAACGUUCACUGGUAAGUGGGCAGCAGAGACCGGAAACGUUUGUGAGAUCGCACAGUACGGAAAAUGCAUCGCAAAAGAUGAGCCAAGAGAGAAGCAGCGUACAUAGAUCAAACAGCGUUGGAAAUACGUUGCCGAGACGUCAACAGCUGGUCAAGGAUAGUGCAGAAAUGAGCCAGGAUGGAAGCAGUAGGCAGCAAGGUGAUGGAAAUCCAAUUUCCAGUCGUAAAGGCGUCCCUAUCGAUACCAACAGUGCAAACAGCGAUGAUUUAGAAGAGGAAGGACUUGAUUUUUGGGAGACACUCAGAUCAAUAACACAACCAAAGCCACAAAGUGGAGGAAGACCGGUUUCGCAGCAUCAUCCCGUGCAUUAUCUGGAGGCAGCAGAAACGGAUACGUAUAGUGAACAAAAAGUAAUGCCUGCGAGUGGGGAAGAAAGUGCGAGAAAUGGUGAAACUACAGAAAGCAAACGGCAGAUGCCAGUUCCAGCCACCAACAAGUUUGAUGGUUUCCCCAAGAAUGAUGCCGAGGAGGAGGAGGAGGAGGAGAUGGAAAAUUACACCAACCAGUAUGGAAUGUAUUACAACGUUUUUCCGAAUAAACCGCAUUCGGGGAGUAAACGGUCUCCGCAUGCUGAUAGUGAGUUUGGUUAUGUGAUGCCAUUUAACCCCUCCUAA